GCAGCUGGCGGGGACCACCGGGUGUGGAUUUGAAGAGCCGGAGCUGGGAGCUUGAACAAACAGUAGUGAAGAUGUGGAAGUCUGUAGUGGGGCAUGAUGUGUCUGUUUCCGUGGAGACCCAGGGUGAUGACUGGGAUACAGACCCUGACUUUGUGAAUGACAUCUCCGAGAAGGAGCAGCGGUGGGGAGCCAAGACCAUCGAGGGCUCUGGACGGACAGAGCACAUCAACAUCCACCAGCUGAGGAACAAAGUGUCCGAGGAGCAUGACAUUCUAAAGAAGAAGGAAUUGGAGUCGGGGCCUAAAGCAUCCCAUGGCUAUGGAGGCCGGUUUGGAGUGGAAAGGGACCGGAUGGACAAGAGUGCUGUGGGCCACGAAUAUGUCGCUGAUGUGGAGAAACACUCUUCUCAGACUGAUGCUGCCAGAGGCUUUGGGGGCAAAUAUGGAGUUGAAAGGGACCGGGCGGACAAGUCAGCAGUGGGCUUUGAUUACAAAGGAGAAGUGGAGAAGCACGCAUCUCAGAAAGAUUACUCUCAUGGCUUUGGUGGCCGCUAUGGAGUAGAGAAGGAUAAACGGGACAAAGCAGCUCUAGGAUAUGACUACAAGGGAGAGACGGAGAAGCACGAGUCUCAGCGAGACUAUGCCAAGGGCUUUGGUGGCCAAUAUGGAAUCCAGAAGGACCGAGUGGAUAAGAGUGCCGUUGGCUUCAAUGAAAUGGAGGCCCCAACCACAGCCUAUAAGAAGACCACCCCCAUAGAAGCCGCUUCCAGUGGUGCCCGUGGGCUGAAAGCAAAAUUUGAGUCCAUGGCUGAGGAGAAGAGGAAGCGAGAGGAAGAAGAGAAGGCCCAGCAGAUGGCCAGGCAGCAACAGGAGCGAAAGGCUGUGGUGAAGAUGAGCCGCGAAGCUCAGCAGCCACCGAGGCCUGUGGAAGAGCCAGCAGUGCCAGCCCCAGUGCCCAAGAAGAUCUCCUCAGAGGUCUGGCCUCCAGCAGAGAGUCAUCCACCCCCAGAACCUGAACCCAUGAGAAGCAGAAAAGAACACCUCGUUCCCUCUCUGCCCAGGAUGCAGACUCCACCACAGAAUCCCCCGGAGGACGAGGAGCCUCCAGCCCUGCCCCCUAGGACUCCCGAAGGCCUCCAGGUGCUGGAAGAGCCAGUGUAUGAAGCGGAGCCUCAGCAGGAGCCUGAGAACGACUAUGAGGACGUUGGGGAGCUCGAUCCGCGGGAGGAGGAAGAGGGAGACUAUGAGGAUGUGCUGGAGCCCGAGAUCACCCCUUCUUUGUCCUACCAGGCUGGAUCAUCUGCCGAGGCUGGUGGUACAGGGACCUCUGCCGUAGCCCUGUAUGAUUACCAGGGAGAGGGAAGCGAUGAGCUCUCCUUUGAUCCAGAUGACAUCAUCACUGAUAUUGAGAUGGUGGAUGAAGGCUGGUGGCGGGGCCGUUGCCAUGGCUACUUUGGACUCUUUCCUGCAAACUAUGUCAAGCUCCUCUAGUGAGCAGCCCCAUUGUCUUCUGUUACUCCAAUUCCCCAGGUUCAAAACGGCUCUGCCUCCUCCUACCCAUUCCACAGGACUGCUGCAAAGGACCUAAUAGCAUGCCAUGGAGCACCUGGAUUCAGACAGACCUCCCUCUCCUGCUUUAUUAAGAGCUUUAGGUAGAGGCAGCACAAGGCAGGGGCCUUCCCUGUGCAUCCACUCUUUCCUGGGAUAACUCAUAGCAUCAUCUGUGGUCCUGCCUCCUUCCCAACACCGCCCUCUGCUCUCCUCCCUCUUGAGUGCUGACAUUCCCCUGUAUGCUAGCCGUCAGGGAAGCUCUUGCUAGGCAGCCUGAUUUUGCCUGGUUGUGCUUUUUUGCU